CAUCUUUCAUCCUUUAUCCAUUAUCGCCUUGGGGCCGCCUCUUCCAGUUAGCUGCGUCCCGCAUCUUUUCAUCCAUUGCUGCCCUGCUGAUGCAAGGCGCAACUCUGAUUUCCCAGGAACCUCAAGGAUACUGCUCUCUCAACCUUGGUUCGAUACGCAUAUAUGCCCUGCUUGCUCGCACCCGUCUCAUCUGAAGUGCCUUUCUUAUACACACAUCCACAACACUCACUCAUCACACACGCGCGCCCACCUCGUUUCUUUCGCGUUGCAUAGGCGAAAAUAUUUCAACGGCCACUCAAGUGGUCUAGAACUUUCCAAGCUUCUCACUCCUGUACAGGCAAGUGAGCCGCAUCCUCCUCCUAUCCCGUACACCUGGCUGGCUGGCUGCCUAGGUACGUUGGAUACCUGGUAUCCCCAAGUACAUCUUUCUUCCCCGGUUCACGUCAGCAUCUUGUCCCUUUGACCAUCCUUUCAACUCCGAAUGUCUUCCCCCGACAAGUGCAAGUGUAUCUAUCCAUCAACAGCCCCUUCUGUACCUCAAGUGGAAAUUGGCGCCUACGUCUCUGCUCCAUAUCUUAGGUAGGCUGCCCACUUCCAAUGGACGGGCAGAUAUGACGGGGGAUAAUCCGGGACCUUGGCCAACUCGUCUGGCCUUGUGGUUGGUCUGAUUGACAAAUACGGAAGGUCGCCCGCUGUCUUCAAGUCGUUGUUGCGGCUGCUUCCAGGUAUUGCCCCCCUCCCCGCACCGCAGUCCAAAUGGCUCCCUACCAAGGUACCUAGGCGAUAUCCACUUAGGUACCUAGGUAAGUAGGCAUGGCGGUAGCGGAACGGACAAGGUAUCUACUACCUACUCAAGUGCCUAGGUACACUAUUUGUGCCUGCCUCCUCCCCUCUUCUUGUUCUCUGCCUGCAUUUUUGUGACGUUUGCACCAGAAUUGCGUCGCCAUUUUCGAAUCCAUAUUCCCCCCAUCCUGCCAACCUCUUUUGGUUACAGUGCACACCAUACCACCAGAGAGAGGUUCAGCAGGACAUCAUAUGUCUGCAGACACUCUCUUUCCUUGUUCCGACUUUACCCUUUUCCCUUACGUCGAAUCCUCAUUCCUCUCGUCCUAUCUAGCCCUUCUGCCCUCCUACCCUACUCACCUCACUUCACCUCUCACCCACACUUACAUUAUCUCUCUUUCUCUCUCUCUCUUUCCAGAGCGCAUCCACUCCUCCCUCACAUCGUCUUUCUCGCUUUUCGUGUUCUUCUCCACACGGACCCCAAAACUCACCAUCAUUAUCAGAUGAUUGACGACUCAAAAGCGAUCUCAACACAAUUUCGGUCUGGCCGGUCUAGCUCGCCCGCGCGCAAGUCCAGUCGCAUCCAUUUCGCCCCGGCUUAGACUUUGCCCUUGCCACCGCCCCGGUUGCGACCCCGACCCCGACUUAGUACCAGGCCACGCUACCUAAACCGCCGCGUCUAGACCCCGCGGCAAGGCUCCUCGCUACAACCCCCGAGUUUUCGAUCCUUUGACACUGCUCGGCCUUGAGCGAUCGGUCGUAGUCAUUUCCAUCCCGAUUCCGAGCGACCGGACCUCACGAUAUUUCGAUCGCGUGCUUGACUUUCGCCAUAAUUGCGAACCAUCCUUCGUCCUGCAAACACCGCAUGCUGCGAACACUCUAACGUCAUUCGAGACAUCCCUCGCACCUGACGCCUUCUCCCGCCCUCUCCCUCCGUUGUGAACUGCGUCGUCGCCACGACGACCAGCAGCGCCUCACAAUGACGGAUCUGAAUACCCCCGACUCCUUUCCGGCUACGCCUGAUGGCUUGAUCGACAGAGAUGGCCUGAGCAGUCCCGCGUCACCCGGCUCAGCCGACUCUUCCGAAGCCAGCACCCCGCUCGAAGGCCCAUCCGAAAACCUCUCCGAUUUGCCCAAACGUGUGCCCUCGUUGCGAACCGUCUCCGACCCCCAGAACAUGAACCCUUCUUCGACCCCUCUCGGUAUGCUGAGCAACGCUCGCCGCCCACCGCCCACCGCCUCCAUGAUGAGCAUGGGCGGCGGUGCCAUGAACGACGCCAUGGCAAGGGCGCGAGCACUCCAUGCCCAGCGUAUGGGCAAGCCCGCUGGCUCACAGCCUACCGGCAACAACAUGAGCAUGGCGAGCUCUCCGGUCUCGCCAGUGCCUCGCCAGGGCUCUCCUGCUGGCCUGCCCGGGGGACUUCCGGGCAAUCUCAAAUUGCCGGGUGGCAUGGUUCGGCCUUCCCCUGGCGGCAUGCCCCGUUCCGCCCCCGCCAUUCCGACGAAGCCGUCGCUCGCUGCCAGGCGUGGUCCCAUGAUGAAACUGUCCGAUAUGAGCGGUUCGUCGCCUGCAUCCCCGCCGCCCAAAUUGUCCGACAUCCACGGCCCCAACAACAACGGAACCGCGCCGAACGGGACAAUGGGAUCCAAAAUGGAUGACUUCAAGAAAUACAUUGAUUCGGAAAAAGGCUGGAUCACGUUCGACGGCGCUGCGACCAUCACCAAGACUGGUGUCAACUUUGCCAACGGCACAGCCUUCGCCAUCUCCUUAGACGAGGUCGAGGUCAUGGAUGAGCUGGGCAAGGGAAAUUACGGCACUGUGUACAAGGUCAGGCAUACGAAGCCGAGAGUCCCUCGUUUUGGUUCCGGACUGGGUGGGUUCAAGCACGCAAACUUGAGCACGGCGCACUCGGAUCCCUCACCCAUCAGAAAAGCCGACGGGUCUGAGGAAUCAUCGCCAGUGUCAGCGGCGCCCGAGGCCUCGUCAGGCAGAGUAAUGGCCAUGAAGGAAAUCCGGCUGGAAUUGGAGGAGGCCAAGUUCACGACAAUAUUGAAGGAGCUCGUCAUCCUGCACGAGUGUAUAUCACCCUACAUUAUUGACUUCUACGGCGCUUUUUUCCAAGAGGGCGCAGUCUACAUGUGCAUCGAAUACAUGGACGGCGGAUCCAUCGACAAGCUGUAUGACGGCGGCAUCCCCGAAGGUGUGUUACAAAAGAUUACCUACUCGACGGUUAUGGGCCUCAAAUCUUUGAAGGACGAGCACAACAUCAUCCACCGAGACGUCAAGCCCACAAACAUCCUGGCAAAUACCAGGGGCCAGAUCAAGAUUUGCGAUUUCGGUGUCAGUGGAAACCUCGUCGCAAGCAUUGCCAAGACGAACAUUGGCUGCCAGAGUUACAUGGCCCCCGAAAGGAUAUCGGGAGGUGGUAUGACAGCGGGCGCCGAUGGCACCUAUAGCGUGCAGAGUGAUAUCUGGAGUCUGGGCCUGACAGUUAUCGAGUGUGCGUUGGGACGAUACCCAUACCCGCCAGAGGUAUCAUUGACAAUUUUCAGCCAACUGAGUGCCAUUGUGGAAGGCGAGCCUCCAGGCCUGCCCGAUGAGGGUUUCUCUAGCACGGCGCACGACUUUGUUCGCAGGUGUCUCAACAAGAUCCCUAAGGACCGUCCCACCUACGCCGCGCUGCUUCAACACCCUUGGAUGGCGCGUUUCUCCAAAAUCGAAACGAUCGCAGAGGAGGUUGAGGAGGGAGAUGAGGCUGAAGCUGUAGCGGAAACUGUUGGCAAACUCUCCCUGUCGUCCGGUACGGAUGAUGAGGAAGUUGCUGAAUGGGUCAAAUCGGUACUGGAGCGCAAACGGUCAGGUCUUGUCGCCCCUGCAUCACGACCGGCACUCCAUGCUGCACCGCUGGACACUGUCAGCCCGUCAGCAAACCCCUUGAUGGGUCGUCAGUUGCAGUAAAGAGUUGUCGCGGGAAAGGCUACAAUAAAUGACAUGCGGUAGUGGAGAGGUUUACGAAUUGGAAAAGAUUUCCCAUGCCAACCGAGCUGGUCUCAGUUGGUCUUCCUUUCGACCUCACCAGCAAUUCCGCUUUUUCGUUUUUCUCUUUUCCGUUCCCAUACCCUCAAUCAGAUAUUUCUACGUUGCAUCGUCAGCAUACAUCUUUGGUUGGCAAGGAGUGUUAUCUUCAGAUGCGGUUUCCAUUGAGGGCGGAAGGUUCCUUGUAUUUAUCUGUUUCGUGCGGCACAACCACAUCCGUUGGGCUGUCCAAGCAUACCACAAGGAUGGCAAACCCUCAAAUCCUCACCACAUUUUCCCUUCCUAUUCUGGGCUCUUUGAAUCCGGGUCGACCAAGAUGAGAGGGGACAUGGUGAACGGAGGACUAAAGGUACAGGAGUUUUUACGGUUGAAUGGCAGCAUGCAUGACAACAGACUAGCUUGCGCAGGAUUGAUAUGGCCCAGGAAAAAUAAAAUAUUCAAAGGCAACUGAGAUUACAAGAAAGAAAAAAAGGCUUGUUGGACUUGAAAU